CGCCUCUAAGAAAUUUGAAACUCAAAAAAAUCAAAACACCCGUUGAGAAAAUGCCCCUAUAAAUCCCCAUAAUUACUUCCUUACCACAAUGCCUUUUUAAUUCCCUUUCGCUUUCCCUCUUCUCCCCUAAAAUUCAUUUCGUUUCCGAUCGCACUUCUUCUCAAGUAAAUUUAAUAGACGUUUGUUGGGUGAUUUAAGAAGAUGGGUCAGAUCCAGUACUCCGACAAAUAUUUCGAUGAUACUUUCGAAUACAGGCACGUUGUACUUCCUCCGGAAGUUGCUAAGCUUUUACCUAAGAAUCGUAUUCUUUCGGAAAGUGAAUGGAGAGCCAUCGGAGUGCAGCAAAGUCGUGGAUGGGUUCAUUACGCGAUUCAUCGUCCUGAGCCACAUAUCAUGCUCUUUAGGAGGCCUCUUAACUACCAGCAGGAGCACCAAGCUCAGAUUGCUAAGUAGAAGAAUUAUGCAAAAUUCUCCCUAAUCUCUGUUUAUGUCUCUCGUAAACGAGGUUUUAAAAUACUACUCUGAUGUUUUGUUCCUGUAGUUUUUUUUAUUGUGUUCAUGAAUUCUCUUCAGUGGAGAAUCAUGUGAGUUUGGUAGAACAACUUUUAAUGUUAUGUUAAGUCUGGUCCUUUGCUAGACUUUGGUUGGAUCCACGUUUGAACUUCUUCAUGGUUAAGAAUGAAGACGUUAUUUCUCAUGCUUAUGUGCUUGUUUCAUCAUUUCAACCUCUUUUUAUUGCUCCUCUUAGAGUCUUAAGUCCAU